AUGACAGACGAGGAAGCCCCUGGUCCAGAGGAGCGUUGCAUGUCGAGUCGCGUGAACCGAAAAAUGGACAUUGCACUUUUACCUUGCUUGUCCCUGUUGUACCUGUUCAAUGGAUUAGAUCGAUCGAAUGUUGGGAAUGCGGAGACGCAAGGGUUCACAAAAGACAUCGGCGCAACUCCGGACGAUCUCAACUUAGCAGUCUCGCUCUUCUUCGUCACAUUCGUGUUACUCCAGCCUCCGUCGGCGGCCGUGGGGAGAUGGUUGGGCGCAAAGCAUUGGAUUACUAUCAUAAUGAUCGGAUGGGGCAUCUUCACCCUAGCCCACGCCUUCAUCCGUGGCCCCGGCCGCCUCAUCGCCGUCCGCCUCAUGAUCGGAGCCUUCGAAGCAGGCUUCUACCCUACAGCCAUCGCAUACCUCUCCACCUUCUACGGGCGCUACGACAUGGCUGUCAGGAUUGGUCUUUUCUACGGCCAAUACGCUAUUGCCGGCGCGUUUUCGGGGUCUAUUGCAUUCGGUAUCUUCCACCUCAACAACACUCGUCUGCAUAACUGGCAGUACCUCUUCAUCAUCGAAGGCAGUCUGACCAUCCUCAUCGCCAUACUCGCGUGGUUCUGGCUACCAGCCGGACCAGGUAGCGCAUGGUUUCUCAGCCACGAAGAGCAAGUCUUCGCCGUCCAACGCAUCAUCAAGGAUAAUUCUGCGUGGACCACACAUGAUUUUGGAAGGGAUGGUGUGGAGAGGGAGAGGCUGACGAAGCGUGAUGCGAGGGAGACGGCGACGGAUUGGAAGUUGUGGUUCUUGCUGUUUUUUAAUAUCUGUGCCAGUGUGCCUAGUCAGGCUUUUUCGGUUUUCAUGCCCAUGGUCGUGCAGGGGUUGGGGUAUUCGAGUUUGGAUGCGAAUUUGAUGUCCGUCCCCCCCUUCGUCUGCGGCGCAAUCGGCCUCUACAUCUUCGCCCUAUCAUCCGACCACCGCAAAGAACGCGGCUACCACAUCAUAACCGGCAUCUUCAUCUCGCUCAUCGGCCUCAUCAUCACCGUAACCGCACCCACGCACCCCGCCCAAUACGCCGGCCUCUGCAUCCUCCUCUCAGGCUCCUACAUCUCCGCGCCCCUAACCGUCGCCUGGCUCAGCGGCAACAACCCCGAGCCCGGAAAACGUUCGCUCGUUUUGGGCGUCAACGGCUUCGGCAAUCUCGCUGGUGUGGUGGGCGCGCAGUUGUAUCGGAAGCAGUAUGCGCCGAGGUAUCUGGUGCCGUUUUAUGGUACGUUGGGGUUUGUUGUUGCGGCGUUGUUGGGGUAUACGGCGUAUAGGUUUAUUCUUGUCAGGGUGAAUAGGAGGAAAGUGGCGUGGAGGAGGGGGAAGACGGUGCAGCAGAUCGAGGCGGAGAGGCUGGAUGCGACGAGGUAUGCGGAUGCGAAGAUGACGUUUUUGUAUGGGCUUUGA